UCUCCCUUCUCCCCUGCGCAUGCGCGCUGCUCUCUCCGCCAUCCCCACUCGUAACGCGCUGCUGCUGCUGCUUCUGAUGAGGAUGUGGUCGAUGAUGAUGAUGAUGUGGUGGUGAUGAUGGUGGUGAUGACGAUGUGGUGGUGAUGAUGCGAGUAAUGAAAGCGGCGAUGCAUCAAUGCGACGAUAUGAUGAUGGUGUGAAUGAUGAUGUUAUGCGUGGUGGUGGUGAUGAUGAUGAUGGUGACUGUGUAGACGAUGUGGAUGAUGUGGUGAUGUCGUGGUGAUGGGAUGAUGGGAGCAGUGAUGGUGAUUGACGUUGUUUCCGAGGUCGGCACGGGGAGAAAUCAAUCGCCCAUCGGGAGCCGCACCCUCAUCCCCCGCGAGUGGUGGUGAUGGUGAUGAAGUUGUAGAGUCUGUAGACAAUGUGGGUGGUUGUGUUGAUGUCGUGGUGAUGGGAUGAUGAGAGCGGUAAUGUUGAGUGAUGUUGAGCUGCCGUGAUCGACACGGGGAGGAAUGAAUCGCCCCUCGGGAGCCGCACCCUCAUCCCCCGCGAGCGCAGGAUGUGAGGCAGCGUAAGGAACCACAGAGCCAGGGAGGGGAGGACACGGAGGGCGGCUUGCAACGUCAUACCGAGACUCACACCGCGAUGACGUCACCCAUGAGCUCGUGACGUCAACGCGCCGCUGCUCACGCGUUGUGACGUCACGUGAAGACAUUCGCUGUGGACCCGCGUGGUCAACCGUUGCGCGCUGCGCCCCUUCAACAGAAGAGGAGGAGGAACAGCAAAACGCCACGGACUCUCUCUCUCUCUCUACGGAAGCCCUCUCGUGACAGCAGAGCUCGACGUUGGCAUCGAGCUCCUGAGCGCCUUGCCGCCUGGCAUCGUUCGUGGGGCGUAGAGAGCUGGGGCCAAGUCGCGGGCGGGCGAGCGGAGCGACGAGGUCCUUCCCCCCCCCCCCCCCCGCCGCCGCACCUCCGAUUAGCGCGGUUGGCUACGUAUGGUGCAGAAGAGGUUCGACGUGCAAAUACAUACACGUGCUUACGUCCUCCCAUGGCCUCGGUCGAAGCCCCCCCCGCGAUCGCAGCCGCAGCGACGUCGCCACCUGCAGCGAAACCGCGGUGCAUCCGCGACGAGGUCACGCCGACCCGCUCCGCGCCUGCCGUGACUUCACGGGACGAAGAUUCCCCCCGGCCCGUGUAGCCUUCACGGCCUUUUGUGCCGAGCGACGUUCGCGAGCGGCGGCUAUGAAGGCCGGCACGGCGCGCGAAGGGGGUCGGUGGCCAGGGCCACGCCCGGCCACCUUUGUCUCCCCAGCGGCCACGCUUUACGCACCGCGCCGGGCGCUCGUUUGAGGCCGCGCCGACCGAGGCGAGGCCCGGCGUCCGGGUUCAGACAAUCGCUGCCGUUUUGCGGGUCGGCCGCGAGCGGCGAAUCGGACUCGGCUCUCGCGGAGACGCGGACGCGUUCGGAUCGCCGCGCGGCGCCACCGCCACCGCCGCGACGACGCCGCCGCCGGCCGCCGAGCGGCGCCGCCCGCGCGCCCGCGCCAUGACGCGCGGCCCCUGCGUGCUCGGGGUGAUGGUGCUGACCGCUGCCCUCUUCGCGCUCUCCCUCGUCUCCUACGUGCGCGUCAGGGCCCCCGGGGGCGCCCUGCGGAGGGGCGGCGGGGGGGGCCCGGGGGGAGGCGCCCGGAGGGGGGGCCUCGGAGGGGCAGGGGGGGGGCCCCACAGAGGGCGCGCCUCUCGACUCUACGCGCUGCACUCCGGGUUCAGGCCGCACAUGUCCCUGGGGCCAUGGGAGACUCCGCACGCGCGGAGACCGCGACCCUGGCAGCACAGCCCCCAGGCGGUGCAACAACUCCGGGAGGAGCUGUCUCACUUCGUGGACGCGGUGCGGGGGUUCUCGCUAACGCGUGGCGACGUGAGCGAGGGGCAGCUCCUGCACUUCACCUACUCCCCUCCCCGCUACGUGUACCCCGCUUCCCAGGCCCUGCGCUCCCUGCUCCCCCUCACUCCCCCGCUACAGGCGUGUGGGCGGCUGCCCUCGUGCGCCGUGGUGGGCAGCAGCGGGCUGCUCCGGGGCAGCGGCUGCGGUCGCGAGAUCGACGCCCACACCUUCGUGAUUCGCUGCAACUUUGCCCCGACGGGGGGCAUCCGCUAUGGCCCGGACGUGGGCAACCUCACCAACCUCACCACCUUCAAUCCGAGUAUCCUGGAGACCGCCUACGGGGGGCUGCUCACGGAGCCGGACCGCGCUCGGUUCCGCUCGCGCUUGGCGGCGCUGGGGCACGCCCUCCUGUGGGUGCCGGCGUUCCUCUUCCACACGAGCGCCCACGUCACCCGCGCACUCACAGACUUCUUCCUAGAGCCCGGCCACAGAGAGAUUCACGAUGGAGACGGGGAGCAGCAGGGCGACGAUGCGGACGAUGGCCACAACCACACCGACUCAGACGUCAUUCGGGUUCGCCUCGCCUGGCCUGGCGACAUCGUCACCAAUAUCACCCGGUUCUGGCGCACCAAGGGCGUCUGUCCCCACGUCUCCGCGUGUCUCCCCUCGCGUCCCAGGUUCUGGCGCACCAAGGGUGUCUGUCCCCACGUCUCCGCGUGUCUCCCCUCGCGUCCCAGGUUCUGGCGCACCAAGGGCGUCUGUCCCCACGUCUCCGCGUGUCUCCCCUCGCGUCCCAGGUUCUGGCGCACCAAGGGCGUCUGUCCCCACGUCUCCGCGUGUCUCCCCUCGCGUCCCAGGUUCUGGCGCACCAAGGGCGUCUGUCCCCACGUCUCCGCGUGUCUCCCCUCGCGUCCCAGGUUCUGGCGCACCAAGGGCGUCUGUCCCCACGUCUCCGCGUGUCUCCCCUCGCGUCCCAGGUUCUGGCGCACCAAGGGCGUCUGUCCCCACGUCUCCGCGUGUCUCCCCUCGCGUCCCAGGUUCUGGCGCACCAAGGGCGUCUGUCCCCACGUCUCCGCGUGUCUCCCCUCGCGUCCCAGGUUCUGGCGCACCAAGGGCGUCUGUCCCCACGUCUCCGCGUGUCUCCCCUCGCGUCCCAGGUUCUGGCGCACCAAGGGCGUCUGUCCCCACGUCUCCGCGUGUCUCCCCUCGCGUCCCAGGUUCUGGCGCACCAAGGGCGUCUGUCCCCACGUCUCCGCGUGUCUCCCCUCGCGUCCCAGGUUCUGGCGCACCAAGGGCGUCUGUCCCCACGUCUCCGCGUGUCUCCCCUCGCGUCCCAGGUUCUGGCGCACCAAGGGCGUCUGUCCCCACGUCUCCGCGUGUCUCCCCUCGCGUCCCAGGUUCUGGCGCACCAAGGGCGUCUGUCCCCACGUCUCCGCGUGUCUCCCCUCGCGUCCCAGGUUCUGGCGCACCAAGGGCGUCUGUCCCCACGUCUCCGCGUGUCUCCCCUCGCCUCCCAGGUUCUGGCGCACCAAGGGCGUCUGUCCCCACGUCUCCGCGUGUCUCCCCUCGCCUCCCAGGUUCUGGCGCACCAAGGGCGUCUGUCCCCACGUCUCCGCGUGUCUCCCCUCGCGUCCCAGGUUCUGGCGCACCAAGGGCGUCUGUCCCCACGUCUCCGCGUGUCUCCCCUCGCGUCCCAGGUUCUGGCGCACCAAGGGCGGCUGUCCCCACGUCUCCGCGUGUCUCCCCUCGCGUCCCAGGUUCUGGCGCACCAAGGGCGUCUGUCCCCACGUCUCCGCGUGUCUCCCCUCGCGUCCCAGGUUCUGGCGCACCAAGGGCGUCUGUCCCCACGUCUCCGCGUGUCUCCCCUCGCGUCCCAGGUUCUGGCGCACCAAGGGCGUCUGUCCCCACGUCUCCGCGUGUCUCCCCUCGCGUCCCAGGUUCUGGCGCACCAAGGGCGUCUGUCCCCACGUCUCCGCGUGUCUCCCCUCGCGUCCCAGGUUCUGGCGCACCAAGGGCGUCUGUCCCCACGUCUCCGCGUGUCUCCCCUCGCGUCCCAGGUUCUGGCGCACCAAGGGGCUGUCCCCCAAGCGGCUGAGCACGGGGCUGCUCAUGGCGUCGCUGUGCGCCUCGCUCUGCGACCGCACCGACCUCUACGGCUUCUGGCCCUUCGCCUGGGACCCCCGCACCGGUGGCCCCAUCCCCUACCACUACUACGACGCACCAGGGGCCAAGUUCAGCACGCGCUGGCAGGAGUCGCACCAGCUGCCCCUCGAGUUUCAACUCCUGCGCUCCCUGCACGCCCACGGGGCCCUCCGCCUGCGCCUCGAGGCCUGCGCCCAACCCCCUGCGGCGCGAGGGGGGGGCUCCUAAACCCAGCUGAGGAGUCCGGUGGCGUGGGGGGGGGGCCGGCGGCAUCACGGGACGAGGAAUCCAUUCGGGAAUCUCGCACGGACAGCGGCGGCGGCGGCGG